AUGUCAGAAGCUGAUCCUGGACUCGAGAAAGAACCUUCCAAUGGCGCAUCGACUCCUGCAGUUGUAGCUGAACUCUCCCCAACGGCGUUGGCGAGGAUAUGCGACUUCAUCGACCCCGAAACAGAGAAGAAAACCUUACUCAGCUUCGCACUUUCCUUCAAGAACGCUGCCCAGGUCGCCCUGGAUGCCCUGUGGUACUCCAUGGAUUCCUUGGGCCCGCUAUUCGACGUUCUAAAAGCCUCUGCUGGUGGAGCCGUGUCGGUUGACGAGAAUGACCAGAAGAUAUUUGUCGGAAAUCCUGACAAGGUGGCUUGGGAGCGGCUUUAUGAGUAUCGGAAGCGCGUCAGACGUUUCACGCUCUACAAGGAUAGCUCGACGCUCAUCCCAACCAUAACUCUUUUUCGCCUGACUCAGCUCUGUGGGGUUGACCCACUCUCCCCCAAUCUUCACUCUCUGGACGUCAAGCACACCCGAGCAUGGACGCUGUCGAAGUUGUUUCUUUUCCUUUCACCGAGCUUGAAGACUGUACAGAUAGAGGAGGUGACUCAGGACGAGAUGGCCUUUAUGGUCGAAACCUUUUUGAGCACGUUGGGCGAAACCAACCCUGCCAUGAAGGGCAUCUGCAUCUUUGGUGACGUGCCUCAGUCUGUCCUACGCGCCGUGACGAGGGUGAAGGAACUAGAGAUCCUCGAACUGGGGAUUGCGCGAUGGGGUCCAUGGGUACAUCAGUUGGGUCGCCUGGAGCGUUUGCAUUCUUUGACCAUUGAAAACCUCAUUCCCCGGCCUGUUUUGCCUGUUACGUGGCCAGACCCUGUGGUAGAAGCAGAUACCAAGCAGGUGGGGUCGGACCAACAUGAAAUUCCGGUCAAGACCGAGGAACCGACGAAUGAAAGCGCUGAACUCCAGGACCCUUCCAAAGAAACAGUGACAUCCAAAGAACCCGCCCAUACGCCGUCGACCUCUGAAGAUGCCAAAGAGGCUCGGAGCAGGGACCAGGAUGAAGACUCGACGAGUAAGGAGACUGUUCAAGAGGAAGCCCCAGUUGAGGACCUGUCGACUCGAUCUAGUAACUCGGACCAUUCUGAGUCUACAUCCUCAGAAACUACCCCGUUUCUGCCGGCCCUGAAGUCGAUUGACAUCGCUGGUCCUCCUACUGCUCUCACCGAGCUCAUUCAACUUUUGGAUUGUCGGUCACUUCAAGACGUGGUCAUUCGCCCCGAAGCUAACAGACCAUGGAAGAGUCUGCUGCACACUCUCGACGGAGAGAAAACUCCUUCAUACGAUGGCUUAAACAGCCUAUAUGGCCCCGAAUCAGAACUGGUGGAAACACCUUCAUGGAUUAGGAAAUUUGGAGCGACCCUCCAAAUUCUUGCGUCCAGGGCAACCAGCGCUCCCUUGAAGGGUCUUUCUUUGUCCUGGAACCCCGACUCGCAACUCGCCCAAGCCAUCGCUCCCAUUUGGAAAGACCAGUCACCUCAACUGCCGGCGAAAUAUUUGGAAGGACUGGACUCAUUCACCGAGUUGCAGUACUUGUCGAUGAUUCACUGGUCAAUCUCCCCACUGGAGCCCUUCUUUGAACACGUCGUUCCAAAGCUGUCCAGACUUCGCGAACUCCACGUCUCCUUGUCGCCCAAUCACCCAGGACUCGACCUCACCUCUCUCCACCAUAUCUUCGCUUGUCCCGAACUCUUCCGGCUGCAGGUUCCAAUCGAAGUUGUGAAGCCCGUGCCAUCGUGUAUCGAGGCCCUUCCGGGACCGACAGGUCAUCGAUUGCAGGUGUUGUCCACAGGCAACUGGCCAGCUUCAGACCCACUUUUCCCAGAUGUGGUGACGGGAAUCCGAUACAAGCGCCACCUCGCUGUGGCAAGGUAUCUUGACACGCUCUUCCCUGCUUUGCAAGUGCUCUCUGGAAGCGGGGAUUGGGAAUACAUCGUCGAGCUGAUGCAUAUGCUCCAAAGAACGAGGGCGGAAGAAAGAAUGAGAAGUUUAAUGUUGACACACCACGGCGGGGAAUAG